CACUUGCUUUUCCAUCCGGGUAUUCUUAUAUUGGGCCUUUCAAAUCCAAAAUUCUGAUCAUCCUACAUAAAUUGUAAUCCCCCUUUUCUCAAGUUUUAGCCUUCUGGGUAUUUCCAAUUGACCCUUUUCUGCAAUUACAAAGCUUUCAAGUUUCCAGAAGAGGGAAACGUCAUUUUAUUACUGGGUUUGGUGCUGGGGCGCUGGUACUAUCAUCAUAUCACUCAAAAAAGCUGUCACAGUGUCCGAGUGGUUAAAUAAAAUUUUGAAAUGGAUGUAAAAGGCAUUGCUUGGGUUGGGCGUUUGUACGAAAAGUUUGAAACUAUGUGCCUUGAGGUAGAAGAUAUUAUAUGCCAGGAUACUGUUAAAUAUGUUGAGAAUCAGGUGGAAGUAGUUGGGGCAAGUGUCAAAAGGUUCUAUUCUGAUGUCAUGCAAGAUUUUCUUCCCCCAUCUGAAUUGAGUGAUGAGAAGGUGGCAGUUUGUAAUUCUGCUCUUGAGAACUAUGAAAAUGUUGUUAUAUGUAAGAAACCAACAAUGGGAAUGAAGAUAGAGCGUUCAAAAUUUAGUGAAGAAAAGUCGAAUGAGAACUCGAAAGUAACUGCUGAUGCCAAAAGAGAUAUUGCCUGUAAGCUGCCACGUGGACAUAACCAUGCCAAUUAUCUUUACUUGGUAUCUUCUCCAUAUUCUGCUGCUAAUAGAGCCCAAAUUGAUGGGUAUUCCAGAAAAAAGGAUGAUGAGAAUAUACAUCAUAAGAUAGACCUUGAUGGUAGGGAAUCUACAACAAGAGGAUGCAAGUCUCUAACUGAAACUUCUCCAACAAACCUUGAGAAGAAAUAUGAAAAUGAUGCAUCAUCAUGCUGCACAAUCUUGAAUAGAAAAUCUGAAGCUUCAAGCGAGCUGGCCGGUAAUAUGGAAACCAUGUUGGUUAAAGACACAAGGUGUAAUUCAGUGAUGCAAAGUGCUAAUGAGACGGAAAUUAAAACUGACAACAUACUACCUGACACUCCAUCAAGUGCCAUUGUGGACACUGAGAAGGAGACAAGACUUCUAUCCUAUGGUGAUUCAUCAGCUGAGUUAGAUGGAAGAUCAGAUUCCUGGAGUCUUGAUGAUAUUGAGCUUGAACAAGGAACACACAACAUUCAACAAGCAGAUGAGACAAAACUGGAUGAAGAAGCAUGCGUCUUAGUGAAAGGAGACGACUUACAUUUUGAUUUCAAUGAAGAAGUUAAACAAAGACAUUACAAGAAGAUAGCAGGAGCAUUCUCUUUCACAAAGAAGUCAAAGAGGAAGCAAGAAUACAAAGAGCUUGCAAUGAAACAUGGUUAUGGCUUUGGUACAAUCCCAAACCAGCAAGAUGAACAGAAAUUAACAGCAGAAGACGUCUUGGAACAGGAUUGGCAGCUUCUCUAAGCUUGGAAUCUGUUAAAUCAGAUGACACCAUGGUUGUUAAUAGCCUUGAAUGGAGACAGUAUGUAAAAAAAUAAACCCCAUCCUCAUCCCCUCCUUGCUAAGGUGAGAAAUCUACAAAAAAAAAACAAAUAUCAGAAUCUCAUUGUGCAAAAGCAUUGUCUAUCUCCUUAUAUAAAACUGGCAAGAGUCGGUUGUAGUCUCUUGAGUGUAUCAUGGGUUAAUUACAUCUUAUAUAACCAUGUUACUUACUUGGUAGUUAUGAUAGAAUGUUUAUGUAUAGUCUUUCAAGAGUUGAGUUUGCUUUU